GGCUGCAAGUUUUGUCACAGGUCCGGGCUGCUGCAACUGUCAUAGGUCCGGGCUGUAACGCCUGGCGUAAGUGCCCGACUACAACUUCUGGUAGCCUAUGGAACCAAACACGAUGGGGCCACAACCGACCACGGGCGAAGCAGGAGAGGAGUACAGGACAUCGCCCGACCGAGCAUUGAGGGAUCUGAAGGAACGAAUUAGGCAGGGAGCACCGAUGAGAUGGGCUGACCAAACCAAUGACGGAGAACCCGACGUAAUGGGCGAGCCGGUCGUGACAGAGCCGCAGGAGACUUUGAAGACUGAAACUUCGAGCGCUCGACGAGAAGCGACGACACGACGCUCCCCCGAGUAUGAACGAAGGGAAACUAGGGUGGAUAGGCGCGGGGACGACUGGAGAGAGAGUUCACGAGAUUCCUAUUGGAGGGACAGAGACAGGGAUAGAGCACCGCCCCGGCGUGUCUUCGACCCCCAAACGGGGGAGUCACAUCCGCUUCCUUACGAGAGCAAGGAUCACUAUAUUAUUACGCACAAGGCCUCUGAGCCUCCUACUUUCAGGGGCUAUGAUAUCACAGAAUAUCUGGAGAAGUGGGAGCUUCAUGCUAGCCGGAGUCAGUGGUCGGAGGAAGAGAUUAUAGAGAACUUCCUAUUUAAUGUGGAUCCAAGUCUCGACAAAGAAGUUAAGGAAGCCCGACCGAAGGAUGGGAAAUGGACUACGUAUAAGAAGAACCUCAUUGAGCUUUACAAAUUAGAAGAUAAUAAGUACUCCAUCAAGGACCUUGAGACUAUGACUCAAGAUGAGGACGAGAGCGUACGGGCAUUCGGGAAGCGUUUCCAAAAGAUCUCUGACGUGCUGAUGAAGAAGGGGAAGAUUUCAGAAGCCGAGCGCUAUACAAUCUUCAUUAGACACCUGUCCAAAGGUAGACAAAAGAGCAUACUUAGAGAUCUCCCGCGGGACAAGCUUGACUUCCCUGAAGUCCUAAAGCUCGCGAUAAAGGCAGAGGCAAACGACUACAAGGACUUGGUAUGGAGGGGAAUGAGGAGACCAGCCAGGGGUUCGAUCGCUAGGAGCGCAGACGACAGACCAUCCACUCCCAGAAACUCUUGCGUCUACUGUAGAGGACAUGAUCAUAUCAAGAGAGACUGCCCGGAUCUCAAGCGGGCAAUAGAUGAGGGACUUGUCGUGCUUGAUGACCGCAAGUACGUCAAGUGGACAAAUGAUCUGGGAGACGUAUCAAUGUUCCCUUCGAUGAAGGAGAAUGUUGAAGCAAGGAGAGUAAAGCCGAGUAAAGAAAAGGAGCCGAUUAGGAGCCCGAGCAUCAAGAUAACUUUCGAAGGAGAUAUGGCAACCACACCCAUAAGGGUGGCAACUACCAAGUCGGCGAGGGGGUCAACAUCGAGGAAGACCGAUACGGAUUACGUGAUGGCAGAGAAGGACGGCCAUCGGAUCGAUGGAGAGGAGGUUAUUUUUUCUUCGCGAAAGCGGGGAGUGAAGAAGUUCUUGAUGAAGAGUUCGCUGGAUGAGAUUGACACGGUCGAGCCACUGAGACUGACCCUUCAACAGCCCAUGCAGUGCUCUAUUCUGGAAUAUCUAGCAACAUCCAAGCCGGCUCACGACGAGUUACAGAUGAUCACACGGAAGACUCGCAUACCUCUAUCAGAGGAGGUUCAGGUGGCCCCUAAGGCAGAUGCUCCUACUGUAGCAGUAUCGGAGGUGACUGCUAGAGCAGAUUGCAUGGCGACAGUUCUUCUUGAUGGGAUGGAAGGUGUGCCUCCAGACAAGUUUUACAUACUAGGAAGUGAGACCGUGGAGGCGAUCCUAAACGACGGGGCGGUUCUAGAUGCUGUGAUCGAUAACGGCAGUGAGGCUGUCAUUACAGACGAGGAUCUGGCAGAGUAAGUUGGACUGAGACUCGAUAGGUCAUACCUAUUAGAGAU